CGCGACCCCGGCGAGCGAACGCGGUGCGGCACCGCCGUAGGCGCGGCCGGAGCCUCCCCGCGUGGUCGGGGCCGUUUAUCGGGCCGAAAUAUCGGCGCUUUUGUUAAUACACGGCAGUGCCAAUCGUUAGGAUAGUCGCCAUUUUGUCCGGAGAGGUAGCCCGGUCGGAGGCGAACGGGGCGAAAAUAGGCGCUGCCUGGACCCGCGAGGAUCGUCGCGGAUCGCUCAGAUAAUGUAGGUAUAGUUUAUUAACACAAGGCCUUUAGAAUAUAAUUAUAUUUAAUGUCAGUGUAUAAGCUGGAUGCUUGUUAUUGGUGGUGUAAUCAUUGGACCAAGAGAUAUUGAGACAGUCGAGGUGUAGCAAAGAACGUGCAAAAUGACGAUUGCCACAAGGGGCCAGGGAGUUGGCAUAGACCCCCCCGACAGCCAGCAAAAUACACAGAUGCACAGUCCACCAGGUCCGCAACAAUUGGCUGAUACAAUGUCGGGACUCCAACUCACAGAGAAUGUGGUACAAACCGAAUGCAGCAAUGAUGCUAUCACUUCAAUGGAGGAUAGCAAUCAGCUUCAUGGGGAGCCUGAUUUCCCUGUUUCCAAACUUAAUAUGCUUCAUGAGAAAAUAUCUAGUCCACGAUGGGUUGUACCAGUUCUACCCGAACAAGAAUUAGAGUGCCUGUUACAAGCCAGUAUCGAUCUUUGUAAAAAAGGAAUUGAUGUACAAAGCGAGGCGUGUCAACGCUUUUUUCGAGAAGGUCUCACAAUCUCAUUUACCAAGAUAUUAACGGAUGAUGCAGUAAACAGUUGGAAGUUAAAUAUUCACAAUUGUAUUAAUGCUAACUGUGGACGUUUGGUGGAACUAUGUGUCCUGAAAUUAGACGAGGAUUGGUUUCCUCUACUUGAUUUACUGGCCAUGGUUUUUAAUCCUAGUAACAAAUUUCACACAUUUAAUGCAGUAAGAGUUUCAGAAACUGUUCCUCCUGGUAGUGACAUUCCUGAUGAGGAACUCUUCGCUCGUCCGCCACAGGACUCGCGAAGCCCUCGUGGUUGGCUGGUAGAUCUUAUAAACAGAUUCGGAAGUCUCAAUGGAUUCGAAAUUUUGCUCUCUAGAUUUCAGAGCGGACGUAAUUUAACAGUGCCAGUUAUUUACGCUUUAAUCAGACCGUUUGGCUUAUGUUAUGAACUUUUGACUGUUCACACAAUAGUUAAAUAUCUGAUGCCUAUUGUCGAAAUGGUACCUCUUAUUUUGAAUAAUUUGACUGACGAUGAGUUGAAGAAAGAAGCAAAAAAUGAAUCAAAAAACGAUGCAAUAUCAGCCAUAAUCAAAGCUGCUAAAUGCUUGGUAUCGCGCGUACCUCAUCAGGAGGAGAUGAUAAAAAACUUGGAAAUACUGAGACUGAAAAUGAUAUUGAGACUCUUACAAAUUUCUUCGUUUAAUGGAAAGAUGAAUGCUUUAAAUGAGGUUAAUAAAGUAAUAUCUAGUGUUAGUUAUCACCAACAUCGUAAUACAAUAGUGGAGGAGGAGGAGUGGCUCACAGCAGAACGUAUGGCAAAAUGGAUCAAGGACAACGGGGUGUUGGAAAUCGUACUGAGGGAUUCGUUACAUCAACCGCAAUAUGUAGAGAAACUGGAGAAAAUCUUACGCUUUAUUAUUAAGGAACGUGCUCUUACGUUAGAAGACUUAGACGCUGUUUGGGCGGCACAGGCUGGGAAACACGAGGCCAUCGUGAAGAACGUUCAUGACUUGUUGGCCAAAUUAGCCUGGGAUUUUAGUCCUGAACAACUUGAUCAUCUAUUUGAGUGUUUUCAGACAAGUUGGAGGACCGCCAACAAGAAGCAACGGGAGAAACUAUUAGAAUUGAUUAGAAGACUCGCGGAGGAUGAUAAAGAUGGUGUUAUGGCGCACAAGGUAUUAACACUCUUCUGGACUUUGGCUCAUUCUGAUGAGGUCCCCACGGAAAUCAUGGAUCAGGCGCUGAAUGCUCACGUGAAGAUUCUUGAUUACUCAUGCUCACAAGAAAGGGAUGCGCAAAAGACAAUCUGGCUGGAUAAGUGCGUGGAGGAGUUGAAGAACGGUGAUAAGUGGGCCCUUCCAGCGUUGAAGCAAAUUCGCGAGAUAUGUUGCCUUUACGAACCAAAUCCCAAUAUGGGUCAUAGUCAACGUGGCCAUCACUUGCAUUACAGGCAAGAAGUAAUAGAGCGUUUACAAAGUGAACAUUCGGUAGUCAUACUUGUAACAAAUAGUUUAACAAAUUAUAUGGAUAAAGUGCGACAGCUGGUGAGGGAAAAUCCUGAAAUCGACGCAAACACUUUCAUGCCUGACGGCCGAUACAAUCACAUUAUGCAGAUACAAGAGAGAUUGAAUUUCUUGCGCUUCUUACUGAAGGACGGACAGCUGUGGUUGUGCGCGGAUCAGGCAGACCAAAUUUGGCAAUGUUUAGCCGAGCAAGGUGUAUUUGUUUCGGAUCGUGAGGUCUGCUUCAAGUGGUUCUCCAAGCUGAUGGGAGAAGAGUCCGAUCUGGAUCCAGCGAUAUACAAGAACUUUUUUCAAAAUAACAUACUGCAGCUAGAUCCGACAUUGCUUACAGAAAGCGGCAUUAAGUGUUACGAGAGAUUUUUUAAAGCUGUUAAUUCUAAGGAAGGAAAAUUGAAACUGAAACGCAGAACGUUUCUCAUGGACGAUGUGGAUCUAAUCGGGACCGACUACUUGUGGAGAGUAGUAACUAACAGCCCUGAGGAGAUAGCGAACAGAGCCAUAGAACUGUUAAAGGAGGUGAACACUAAUCUAGGACCGCGAUUGCAAUCGUCCGUUCUGGCAUUUCACGAGACACAUAUAGCCGAAUGUAUGGACAGACUGAAAGCUCAUUAUGAUACCGUAACGGUUCUUAACCGAGUGUACUUGGACGGGAGGGAGGAACGCGAGGAGCAAGUGACAAAUAAGAUUAAAGUGGAAGCCAUGAAAAUGUGUCGUGUUAUGAAGGUUCUGCAGGAAUACAUAAACGAGUGCGACACAGCUUUCCCAGGGGAACGGAAGAUAUUACCGUUACACAGAGCGGCUCGUGGGAAGCAUCUGUCUCUCGUCAUACGAUUCGCAAAUCCUGGCCGAACCGUCGAUGACAUAGACAUUUUCACGCAUAGUAACGACACCUUAGCUUCACUGAGACGUCAGAUAUUGCGCAGAAUCAAAGCUGCGCCGUCGACCGUUAAACUCGACUUAUUCAUUAACGGAGAGUCCUUAGAACAGUCCGAUGAUAGGAAACUGCUUUCCCAGAUACCACUGAGAGACAAAAUGUUAUUGUCGGCGAAGCUCAGUCAAGUGAACAGCAAUAUGCCGAGCUCACCGGACAGCAGCUCAGAUAGCUCCACUAGUUCUCCGCAUCAUCCGUACGACGGGCCGAACGUAGAAGCGGAGAAUAGUUUGCCUGGUGUGGUAAUGUCGCAGCGAUCGCAGUAUGCGACAUUUUUCUUUCAAUUGGCGGAUCUCGGCUGUACCCUUCAGCAUUCGCAGUUGCGCGACGGUGCGCGGAAUCUCCUGCAAUUGGUGCCGCCGGACACCUUCACUGUAACGAGAUUACAGUGGUUGUUUGAUCAUUGCAAGGACGAAGAAGCUUUACAGAACCCCCAGAAUAACGAGCAGAAUACGACGGUAGAUUCUCUAUUUUUUACUGCAAGUCCUAGCCAAGUUUUAUACAAUUUAGAGGUGUUGUACACUUUGUUAAUGCCGGCUCUCGAUCCUACGUCCGAGAGAGCGUUUGAAUUUCAAUUUAAUUUCAUAAAAAGCGGCGAGGCGGGUGUCAUCCUGGAUAUGCUGACGAAAAACAGGUUCUUGCCGAAUGCGGACGAGACGACGAAGCGGUCCGCGUACCUGACCGUGCUGAGACUAUGCAAGCUCCUGCUGACGGUGCUGGGUAACGUGAUGGCGUGCGUGUUGGACGAGGUUCAGCAGACGGGCAGCCCGGAGAAUCACGAUAACAACGUCAACAAUCGCGGCCCGGUGGCGGUGCUGAAGCAGGCGCUCCAGAGCGUGCCCAAUCAGAGCACCGAAUACAUGCUGAGAAGCGUGGCGGCAAAACUGGCGCAGCACUUGGCGCAUCGGAUGUUGUCGGUGGGGCCCGACGCCGACCGGUGCCGGCAGCUGUUUAUGCAGGCCCUCUCGUGGGAAUUGCCGGAUGUGGCCACUAUACGUGCCAUAAUUAGACUAGCAUGGGCCGCGUCCACGGGCAACCUGAACAACAUCAACGCGUCGAACGAGGCCCUCCACUCGAUGCACGAGGCCAACCAGAAGGAGCAGAGAAACCCCGACAACAACGACGUCCUCGUGUGCAAAGAGGCGCUCGAAGUGUUGACGAUCACCCUCGUGCUGAAUCCGACCGCGCCGGAGACCCUGUCGAGAGAGAAGAUCUGGCAUACCUUCCUGAUAGAUCUCGUGCUGCUGAGCACGUCGAGGGCCAUCAGACUCGCCGCCGCCGAGCAAUUUUAUCUAAUAUCGACGUGGUGCAGCAGCGGACACCAGCCGCUACUGGUCACCAUAACGCUCCUCUUCACCGUUCUGAACACUACCGUCAUGGAAAACGCGAAGCAGAGCCACGAGUACUUCCAGCUUCUGUGCCGAUUGCUGAACUACGCGCAUGCGUCGAGCUGCCCUCUCACGAGCGCGGAGACGUUGCUGAACGUCGAGAUCGCUUGGCUGAAGAAGGUCCGGGACAACGUGAAGGAGACCGGUGAGAGUCAGGUGGACGAAGCCGUGCUCGAAGGCCACCUCGGCCUGACGAAGGAACUGCUGGCAUUCCUGCCACCCAGCCAGAAGUACGAGCUCGGCUCCGACGAGAAGCAUGGGGUGAACCUGAUCAAGGAAUUGGUCGAGGACUUUGUGUUCCCGGCCUCCCGCCUCAUGCUGCAGCUUCGCAGCACCGGCGAGCUGAGCGCCUCGCAGGCCUGUCCUGUGUGCACCACUGCUCAGUCGACCAGCGCCGCGUUCGACCUGCUCGUAGGCCUCUGCGUAGGCUGUGUACCCAACAUGAAACUUCUAGUCACAAUGCUCACCGACAUGUUCUACUCCGAGAAGGACGAGCCGCUGGUUGAGUGGGAUUACCUGCCGCCGGUGGGCCUCAGGCCGCUCAAAGGCUUCGUAGGCUUGAAGAACGCAGGAGCUACCUGCUACAUGAACUCAGUAUUACAGCAGUUGUACAUGGUGGAGAGCAUCAGGGUCGGGCUCCUGUCGGCGGAGGGCGCUGCGACCGACCUGAACGAGGACUUCUCGGGCGAGGAGAGGAUCGAGGGUGAGCAGACGAUCGAGACGAACGACAACGACACGAACGAAGAGAAAUGCGGCGCUGACGAGUCCAGGAAGGAGUAUAACAUCGGCAUCCUGAAGCAGGUUCAAGCGAUAUUCGGUCAUCUGGCUUACAGUAAACUGCAAUAUUAUAUACCGAGAGGACUGUGGAAACAUUUCAAACUUCAAGGGGAGCCCGUAAACCUGAGAGAACAGCAGGACGCGGUAGAAUUCUUCAUGAGUCUAGUGGAGAGCCUAGACGAGGCGCUGAAAGCCUUGGGGCACGAGCAAAUAAUGGGCAAGAUUCUUGGUGGCUCGUAUAGCGACCAGAAAAUCUGCAAAGGUUGCCCUCAUAGAUAUUCCAAAGAGGAGCCGUUCAGUGUGAUAAGCGUGGAUAUACGAAACCACAGUAAUUUAUUGGAUUCUCUUGAACAAUACGUAAAGGGAGAGCUGCUGGAAGGAGCAGACGCCUAUCACUGUGAUAAAUGUAACAAAAAGGUCGUGACAGUGAAGAGGUUGUGCGUGAAAAAACUGCCACCCAUCUUAGCGAUUCAAUUGAAAAGGUUUGAAUAUGACUUCGAACGUGUAUGCGCUAUCAAAUUCAACGAUUAUUUCGAGUUCCCGCGAGAUCUGGACAUGGAACCGUAUACUGUCUCCGGUUUAGCCAAACUGGAGGGAGAAGUCAUAGACUGCGACUACGAGGAGUCAGUAAAAGGAACGUGCACGAAGUAUCAAUUAACUGGCAUAGUGGUGCACAGUGGCCAGGCUAGCGGUGGCCAUUAUUAUUCCUACAUUCUGCACAGGCAAAAUGAUGGUACCGCCAAAUGGUACAAGUUCGAUGACGGCGAUGUGACGGAGUGUAAGAUGGAGGAAGAGGAGGAAAUGAAGUCCCAAUGCUUCGGCGGCGAUUAUCUAGGAGAGGUGUUUGAUCAUAUGCUCAAGCGGAUGAGCUAUCGUAAACAGAAGCGAUGGUGGAAUGCGUACAUGUUAUUUUAUACAAGACUAGAUGUAGAAGAGAAUUCUCUAAUGAAGAGUGUAAAUGAAUUGUCAUUGUAUACGAAACUAGGAGUUAUGAAAAUGCCACCAGCGAUAGAGUACAGUGUGCGAAAGCAGAAUAUAAAAUUUAUGCACAACCGAAACCAAUUUAGCGCGGAGUACUUUCAGUUCAUCAAGAAACUGGUGUCCUGCAAUCCGCAUAACAUCGGUAGACAAAAUCUGAACGAGAAACUCAACCCCGAGAUGGAGGAACUUUCGAUGCUGUCGAUUCAGUUAGCGUCGAGAUUCCUUUUCUACACAGGUUUUCAUACCAAGAAAACGUUACGCGGUACGGCAACGGAUUGGUACGAUAUCGUGUGCCACCAUCUGCGUAGCAGCAAAGCAGUGCGUUCUUGGUUCGCCAAUGAAGUGCUAUUUAACCAUCCUCACAGAUUUUGCGAGUACCUCCUCAGCUGUCCCAGUACGGAAGUACGAACGGCUUUCCUGAAAAUUCUGGUAUUUCUCGCGCACGCUUCUCUACAGGACGGUCCAUGUGCGCCGCCCAGCCUAAAUGCGCCGAUGUCGAUAUUUUCAGCCAUACUCCUGGAUCCGGUGGCGACGCUCAGCGAUCACCUGUUACAUGCGGUGCUCUCGUUACUCCACCGUGAAAUCUCGGAUCACGGGCGUCACCUACCAAACUACUUCUCCCUAUUUCAUGCAUACGCUUCGCUUGGUCUCGCCGAGAAGGCGCAAUUGCUUAAGCUGAAUGUACCCGUGACAUUCAUGUUGGUCGCGAUCGACGAGGGGCCGGGUCCUACCAUCAAGUAUCAGUAUCCCGAAUUGACGAAGUUGCAUCAGGUGGUCAGUAUGCUGAUACGAUGUUGCGACGUGUCGUCGAAGACGCACUCGAGCCACACGCAGUCGCGCGCGGAACCCUUACCAAAUCCGUACGGGGAUCCCGCGUGUCAGUCGGAGUACCUUAUGCCCAUCCAGCCGCAAGCAGCUGACAUACUGUUCAUUCGCACCAGUUACAUCAAGAAAGUGAUCGAAGACGCGAACGUGACCGAAGACUCGGUCAAGCUGCUGCAAUACUGUUGCUGGGAGAAUCCCCAUUUGUCACGGACGGUGCUUUACGAGUUGUUGUGGCAAAUAGGAUUCGCUUAUACCCACGAGCUGAGACAUCACACGGAUCUGCUGCUGGCGAUAUUACUGAUGGAAGACUCGUGGCAGACGCACCGUGUCCACAACGCGCUCAAGGGACUCCCGGAGGAUCGGGAAGGUUUGUUCGAUACGAUAACGCGAAGUAAAAAUCACUAUCAGAAGAGGGCUUACCAGUGUAUCAAGUGUAUGGUGCAGCUCUUCAGCAAGUGCAGACCUGCGCAUCAGCUAUUGCACCACAGCCCGGACCUAAAGAGGAAAUGGAGCCAAGCCAUAGAUUGGCUUCACGACGAACUCGACAAAAGACCAUAUGCUUCUACGGCGCCCUACACACACGCGUACAACAAUUGGUCUCCGACGGCACAGUCUAACGAUUCCGCAAAUGGCUACGUCCUCGAGCGUAGCAACAGUGCGAGGAAAACGUUAGAACGGGCGUGCGAAUUGUGUCCGGACGAGGAGCCGGAAGUCGAGGAGACGAGCGAGGAGUGCGCGGAAGAAGCCGAGAAAUGUCAACAUACGUCUCAAGUAAUCUCGAAGUAUCAAUUUAUCAACCCAUCGAAGCUUCAAGCAUCUGAGCGAUUCCGAACCAAGAAGCGAAACAACAGAAGCUUAGGAUGGGCAUCUAUGGAUUACCCUGACUUUAGCGUAAUCCAACAAAUGCAAGAAGAACAGCAGCCUCAGCCGGGCCCUUCCCCAGUUCACACGCCCCACUUAGCACAUCAGCUGCAUAGCCCGCAAAACUGUGAGUCGUCACAAAGUACCAGCCAGGAUCCAUAAUGAACGCUGAAUACUGACGUUCUGCCAAGUUGCUGCCUCAGUGAAACGAUUUCGGAAUACUUAGAUAUUACUGCGCCAGCAGCUUGGUGCCGGGCGGUAGCAGCACAUGUACAGAUAUAACAAGUGAGGGUUUGUUUCUUUUUUUUUCUUUUUUUUAGCGAUCGGUCUUUAACGAACUCAUGCUAAUCUCUUAGUUUCACUGUGGUUAGUUACUUUCAUAAUAUGACGCGCUAUGAAUGUUCGAAUUGCAAUGAGAGGAAACGGAAAUGGGAGAGACGAUUCCGACUGAGAACUGAAUUUAACGCAUGCUGGUUGAGGCAAUCGAUUCUCGACUCGAUGUUUCUUUUCUCUCCUUAUAUAAUCUCCAUCUACCGUCAUUUAUUCUGUUCCUUUUACCCCGACGGCUGUUUGGCUUCCAAUUCUAAAGAAAUGACAAUUCGAAGAGGAACACGUUCUCGCCAUCGAGUGAUCGAUAAAGCUAAUAAAAGUAAUAUAGCUGAAAGUUUAUUUUCAUUUGCCUCGAUUACAUGCAUGUGAAUUCAAAGCUUAGGAGUACCAUAAGAUUGUAUAAAUGUAUAGUGAGUAGUGUUACGGAAUCCCGUUCUCUGCCGACUAGAAGACAAAAGUAUAAAUCAUAAUUUUCCGUAUGCCUAUGUAAAUUUGUUACUAAUAAAAAAAAAGAAGAAGAAGAAGUUAAAAUGGAACUUUCUAAUGAUCGAGAGAUACGACACUGAGAGGGAAAAAAAGUAAAAAAAAAGGAAGGAAAGAAAGAGAGAGAGAGAGAGAGAGAGAGCGAGCGAGCGAGCGAGAGAGAGAGAGAGAGAGAGAGAAAAAGAGAGUGGGCUAAUACGUUCUCAUCUCAUUCAGAGAAAGCACAGUUAUCGAAGCUAUGCUCUAACAUAUAUAAAUAUUGUAGCUAUGCUUAUAUACAUAGCUAUACAUAGCUUUUGCUAUUUAGUCUUUUAACAACAAUAAAAAAAAGAAGAAUCUUUCUUGUACUUAAUAAUCUCGAGCAUUCUGGAAGAAAGACACUUAUCGGCGGCCUGCCGUGCUGCUAAUAAAUCUCAACAUAUGCCAAUGAUGCCUCCUAUUGUGCUUUCUUUCAGUUCGACCGAUUUGAAAGAGUUGUGCCUUCGACAUUGUGCGACUCCAUUGUACUUUUAGGUAGAUAUUUAAGAAUCAAGUUGUUGCUUCAAAUUUGAUUGCUUAUAUUUCGCUUGUUGAGUUGACUAUGGGGGAAAAGAAAGGAAACAAACGGGGAAGGAAGGGAGGAAGCUGGAAGAUUGGACAGGAAACGCGCGAUAUUCGAUAAGAGAAAUAUAUCGUCGACGAGAGAUCGACCGUCGGAGCGUAUUUCGGAGCCCGAAACGAGGUUGCGGCGGGCAUCACUCUAAUUUCAUCAUGACCACGUUAAAACACGUUAAAGCACGACAUCGAGUUGCCGUUUACUCGGUUAUGGGCAAAUAUCGCGUAAUCGAAACCGAAAAAGAAAAAUAAAACAAAGGAAAAAACAAAAGAAGAAGUGACACUGGCCCCAUCCGGAGUCCAAAUUUUUACGAAGAAAAGGAAUUGAAGCAAGCGUGACGAGAUAUAGUGACGCGAGGAGAAUACAGAGCAAACAAAUACUAGUUUAUAUCGUUGUACAAUACACGAUCCACAUCGUUGAUAGAGCUGUGGUCUUUUCGCAAAAGGAAAAAGAAGAAGAAGAAAAGAAUUGUGCAAACGGUUCGUGAUCAUCCAUCGAUUAUUAUACGCGAUCGAAACUGUAGAGACGCGGAUGUUGUUUCCUGAAUAAUCGUCCCCCGGCGUAAUAAACGACGUAACGGGCGGGCAUUCUACGAGAGGACGUGACUAUGCGACCAACGACUCUCGAAUUUAUGAACUGGCCAUAGCUCUGACUUAUUUAAAUAACGUGUGUUAUAUAGAUAUAUAUUAUAUAAAAGUAAUCUUAUAAAAGAAGAAAAAAAAAGAGAAAUAAGGUCACAUGUAACGUGGAAAUAAGCGGCGAGCCGUGUGUGUAUACAUAGGAUUUCGUGCGAAAAACCAACGACUAUGUCAAGACACCAGGAAAAAAAAUCGACAUAUUGAUUAUUAUUGUUCGUAUUUAUCGAAUAACCGAAGUUAAACACAGUGUACCAAAUUAUAUAAUAGCUUCUAUCAGUUUAAUAAUAAUGGUACCUAAUCUUACUCAGAUAUGUACAUAUACAACCGCUUUUUAUAUGUGAUAAAAAAAUUAUUAUAUUCCUAUUAUACAUUGAGAUUUAGAGAAAAAAAAAACGCUAUUGUAAAUCCUGGUUUUUGUACACAGACUGUAUGCUAAGUUCAUUUUUGUUAUAACACGAGAAAUGUAGUCUAUAAUUAUUUAAUAUUUAAUUGUAUCUCACUGAAUAAGCGUAUAAUAUCAUGUAUGAUACUUGGUUUCUUUUCUUUUUUAACUACUUAUCUGAGAGAAAGAGAGGGAGAGAAAAUGAACAAGAGAGAGAGAGAGAGAGAGAGAGAGAGAGAGAGAGAGAGAGAGAGAGAGAGACCGGUCUCAAACUGGAAGUGUCAUGAUACUAGUGUCAUUUAUCUUAUGCGUGGUAGAGAUAAGGAAGACACGAGAUGUGACUGGGCAUAUUGUUCUAAUUAAUGAUAAUUCCUAAGGUCGGAGUAUUGUUUUCGUCAUCAAAUGAGAUAGCGCUCGAUGUCGCCGUAAAAAAAGAACGAGAAGAAAUACGCAAAAGGCGGUAGUGAUUGCGACGGGAUGUCAUUUUCUCGCGUACGCAGUCAGCUAUUGAAAGCGGUAUGAUAUCUCACUCGGAUCUCCGACAGGUACA